UGGACAUAUAAUUUACAUAUAGCCUAAUAUAGCUUAAUUCUUGUAAAAGUGUGGUUCUUUGAAAAUUAAAACUGUGAUAUACAGUAUACAGUAUUAUUGUAAUGAUCAUAUAUGAAUGUAUGUUUUCUGUUUUUAUCUAUUUAUUUAUUUUAAAGAUCCACACUUUUAUAGUGUAAGUAUACUGCAGCACAAUGCACCACAAAGGCUCUAGAAAAUUGGCACCUAAAUAAUCAUGCUCAUUAAUAAUUUUAUAUGAUGAAAACAUCAUGCAGGACACAACAGGCCGCCUGUUGAGGACCAUGGAAUUAAGAUAAUGCUUUUUCAAAAUAACUACUUGAGAAAAGGGUGCACCAUUUCCUGUUCAUUUCAAACACAUUUGGCAUUUCAGAACAUCUCAAGAAUUCUAAACAAAUGAAUCUCCAUUGUGACUGGAUCAGUCAAUGUGAGCCCACUUUCAACAUCUUACAUUAAAACAAAUAUUAAAUAUUAGAUCAAAUUGCCUCAAAAUCAACCUUUAGGCAUUACAUGCAAUGAUCUCAUGGAUCAGGGAAAUUUUGACAAACAGGUGUUUAGGAAAGCGCUGUGGUACUUUUUGUUGCUAUUUAGUGUUUUUGGGAUAACAUAAAAUAAAAUUAGCAUUUAGCACCAUUAUACCCUAUGUGUAUAUAGUUAUUACUUAUACUGAAAUUUGUUUAUUUUUAAUGUACUGUAUGUUUCUAUAUAUAGGGCCCUAAUUAAGUUCAUUUUUAUCUUUUUUUCUUUUCUUUUCUUUUUUUAUCAAUACAGGUUUGCACAUAGUUCUGCCCACUUUUCACUUACAUUGAUAAAUGUUGCACCAAAUAACAUUUUUAUGUAGUUACAGUACCUGACAUGGAAUUUUAAGCAUUGUCUAAAUCUAUUUUUUCAGCAUGGUGCCAAAAGUGAUUAAAAAUGGUGAAUAACUUAAAAGAAAUGGUGACUUGUCAUUGCACAUAUAGAAACAUAUAGGGCAUUUUAACCAAAAAUCUUGAUGUUUCAUGGUUGUCAACUUCCAGUUCCCAGCUACAGGUGCUUUAUAUUUUACUGUUUUCUCUAUCUUUAAGUGAUGAUUUCUUCUUCUGUUGAAGCCACCAGUCCGCAUUAGUUCAACAUUAUUUCCGGUCAUUCUAGCUCUAACGCUCUUAACCUGGAGCUUUGUACCUGACCGAGGAAGUAGCACACGGCGAUUCCUUGAGGGGCUGUCAACAAUGCGUUUUUUUCAAUGGUGAGCGCAAGGUGAAUGAAGUUUCAAUGGAGGAAAGGAUGCGCGCGACGGCGCACGCGCCACACCCCCGCCUUCAAUUAAAACAUCUCAGGGUUCGUCUGCGUGCGAGCGAAGAUGGCGACAGAGUAAAGGAGACCACUGGAAGAUGACAAGGCCUCUACCGACAAACACAGCUCUUCAUCCCGCCUAAGAGAUGCCCGUGAAUGAGUAAGAUUUGGAUGCGAUGUGUUUUCAAGGCGAUGGGGAGUCUCGCAGCAUGUGCUUUAUUAUGCACUGUCUCGGCAAUUCAGACGCAGGUGUUUUCAGAGCGGAUACAUUUUGAGCACCAUGUGAAAGAGAUGCUACGAGCCAUCAUGUAACCGCCGCGUUGGGCAACGUCACGGCGGAAAUAUUGCGGAGGAGUGAGCUCGCGCUUUUGCCUCCCCCUCUAAAAUAUGAUCACGGGCGCCUGGCGGUGUGGAAGGAAACUUGACGCCCCGUUAGAAAUCUGCUGCGUGACCGAACCUAUCGACAAACCGUGCGCGGAGCCGGAGAAGGUGCAGAGAUGGCGUAUGAGCCUCGCAUCGCUGCUCUUUUUCACGGCGCUUCUGUCCGAUCACCUCUGGCUCUGUGCGGGAGGCAAGCUGCGCUCGAGAGACCGGACUCACCGAAGAACGUGGAGCAACGCGAGUCACGACGCCCAGACGGGCCUACGCGAUGAGGACUGCGGGGUUCUCUUGAGCAAUCUGACAGAAAACGGGCCGGAGUGCAUGGAGGCUGACGCACCGCGCCGCGCGCCUCUGGAGUCCGCGUGCUCUACGCUUUACCGGCAGAAGAGCGGCGCAGUGGGCUCCUCCUAUUCUGUACCGGUGCCCACAGUGUCGCCACACGCGUUUUUAGAGUACUUCCGGAAUUUUAGCUUGCCGUUUUGCGACGCGUUGACAAUAGCGGACCUGCUGGAGAGCAUGACCAGCCCGGACGGGAUGAACUGCAGUCUGGUCCGUGUCAUUCGUGACCUGUUCAGCGGCGGACCUGAGGACGGGGAUGUGUGCAGCGCAUGUGUGCACGCUUACAUCCGGCUAGACCAACACGCUCAGGAAAAAUAUGAGGAGUUUGACAUCCUUACGAGCAAAUACAUGGCGGAUGACUACUCCGUGCGAGCGCACACUCACCUGUGUCAGGCAGUGUAUAAAGCCUGGCUUUGUGCAGAAUAUUUUCCGGUUCCCCAGCGGCAAUGUGUUAGGUGGCUCCCGUGCAAGCACUACUGUGGAGAGGUCACAGCCAGCUGCCCCUUCAUUCUACCUGACAACGACCGACUGCUGUAUGCCGGCCUGCCCAGCUUUCUCUGUGCAGAUCUGCAAGAAGAGUCUUUGUCCAUUGAAGGUCUAAAUUGCUGUGAUGUCAGAUGGAGUGGGUGUGACUCGGCUGUGGGUGCUGCGUGUGCUUUGACACACCUCCCAGGCUCAUUUUCUUUGCAUAGGAGGUUAUCAUCAGGAGCUGCGUCGUGGACAAGUCGUCUCCAUGGCAGUAAAUUGAAACUGUGUGUGCUUGUUCUCUUCUUAUUACAAACUGUCAUCUCUAUAACAACCUUGCAGCAUUGCAGCACUGGCUCCUUGGAGACCAUAGUACCUCUAGAUGAAGUUUCUAUGAGGGAGGAGUAAGGAACUGUAACAUUUCCCUCCUAAAUGGAAGACGUGCAUGCUGUAAAGUGUUUCCUCUGCUGUAAAUGAGAUGAACCUUGCCAAAUGCCUGAAAUACGCUGGAAGUCUCACCACUGCUGAAGUGUGUUGGUGCUUGUCUUAUUUGAGGGUUGGAACAUCUGGCCUGAUCUAAGCGUGUGUGCAUCUGUGUGCGUUUUUGUUUGAGUGAGUGUGUGUUUUUAACUGUUUUUCAGUGUUUUGUUUGUUUUAUCAGGACUAAUCUCCAUAUUAAUGUUUUGUUUUAGACAACAUUCUUGGAAACAAAAAUGAAUGUAUGAAGAAUGUUUGGACAUUUCUCCUCUAAUAAAUCUAACACUAUUUGAGCCAUUUUUCAGUUUCACUUUUUCACUCUUCCAGGGUUCUGUAUACUUUCAGAUAGUGGUCAUGAGAAUCUAAAGUUUAGGUUAGUUUGUGUGUCAGGACAUUUUGCCUCCUCCAGUCCAGAUGUGUACAUUGGGUACAGGUGGUUGCUGAUCUUAUACAAUCUGAAUUAAGAGCAGUUUCUGCUGGAAUUCUCAACAAUUUUUUUCUUUUUGUACUUUGACAGGAUUAUUUUCUGGACUAUGCUUGUUAUUCUGUUACCAUCCCUCUUACUCUCAUUCUAAAGGCUUCCACACACUGAUGUAGCCAACACCUAUUAACGCCUCUCACUCUCAUUAAUUUGAUGUUAGUCUUGAUGUUUUGGGGCUGUUUAGGGGGCUUUGGUAGUCACUGUACCAUUUAACAAAUGCUUUUUUUCCAAAACAUCUCACACUGCACUAAUUGGAAAAAUAUUGUGGGAAAAACUUUGGAAACAUUACAAAUCCACUCCAUGUGGACUGUCACAGUUCUGCAAACUCUCCAACAACAUGAAAACAAAUGUAAAAUAAUUACGUCACUCGGAAAGGGUUUUUUUUG